AUGCCAGAAAAGGAAUUAGAGUAUCUUAGAACUAAAGAAGCUGCCAUUGGUGAUGAUUCAUCUAUCGAUAAAAAUGGUGGUGUUUAUAUCGAUACCUUCGAUCAAAAGCCAGAAUUGAAAGGAUUUGCUAAAAUCAUUGAUGGUUUCAAAAGAGCAGAUGCUGGUGAGUUAGGCCUUGAUCCAAAUUUAAGUGAUAUUCAAAAGAUUGCUAUUAUGACGGCCAAUUCUCCCCUUUCAAGAUCUCUUAAGAGUAGACAUUUGCAAAUGAUUGCUAUUGGUGGUGCCAUUGGUACUGGUCUUUUCAUUGGUUCGGGUUCUACAUUAGGUACUGGUGGUCCAGCUGGGGUUAUUAUUGCUUAUGCUAUUAUUGGAACUAUGAUUUAUUGUACCGUUCAAUCCUUAGGUGAGUUGGCUGUUACUUUCCCUGUAUCUGGUGCUUUCAUUACUUAUAAUUCAAGAUUCAUUGAUCCAUCUUGGGGUUUUACAAUGGCUUGGAAUUAUGCUAUGGGUUGGUUAAUUGUUUUACCAUUAGAAUUGGUGGCUGCUGCCAUUACGAUUAAAUAUUGGGAUGCAACUACAAAUUCGGCUGCAUUUGUGAUUAUCUUUUAUGUUAUUAUUUGUUCCAUUAAUUUAUUUGGAGUUAGAGGUUAUGGUGAAGCUGAAUUCAUCUUUUCAUUAGUUAAAGUAUUAGCCAUUCUCGGUUAUAUUAUCUUGGGUAUAGUUUUAGUCGCAGGAGGUGGUCCAAAAGGGGGAUAUAUCGGAGGUAAAUAUUUCAAAAAUCCAGGUGCUUUUGCUAAUGGGUUUAAAGGAGUUUGUUCAGUAUUUGUUACUGCAGCAUUUGCAUUUGGUGGUACUGAAUUAUGUGGUUUAGCUGCUGCUGAAACUGACAAUCCUAGAAAAGCAGUUCCAAAAGCUACUAAACAAGUAUUUUGGAGAAUUGCUUUAUUCUAUAUUAUAUCUUUAACUUUAGUUGGUUUAUUAGUGCCAUAUAAUGAUCCAAGAUUACUCGUUAAUGGUCCUGUUGAUGCUGCUGCUUCACCUUUUGUGCUUUCUAUUGUUGAUGCUGGUAUUUCAGGAUUACCAUCAGUUAUGAAUGUUGUCAUUAUGAUUUCUGUGUUGUCUGUGGGAAAUUCAUCAGUUUAUGCUUCUUCUAGAACUUUAGCUGCUUUGGCUGUUUCAGGUCAAGCUCCAAAGAUUUUAGGUUAUAUUGAUAAAGAAGGUAGACCAAUUUUUGGAAUCUUACUUCAAUGUACUUUUGGAUUAUUAUGUUUCAUUACUGCUUCUAAUGAUUCUGGAACUGUAUUUGAUUGGUUAUUGGCUUUAUCAGGUUUAUCAUCUUUAUUCACUUGGGGUUCAAUUAACAUGUGUUUACUUAGAUUUAGAAGGGCCUUAUAUGUUCAAGGUAGAACUACUGAUGAAGUCGCUUUCGUGUCACAAGUUGGUGUCUAUGGUGCUAUUUAUGGUGUUACGAUUAAUGUUGUGGUUUUAAUUGCCCAAUUCUGGAUUGCGUUGUUCCCAUUAGGUGGUUCACCAAAUGUAUCAGAUUUCUUUAUGGCAUAUUUAGGAUUCCCAGUUGUUAUUGUGUUUUAUGUUUUCCAUAAAUUAUGGAAAAGACAAUGGAGAAUAUUUAUUAGAGCUAAGGAUAUUGAUAUCGAUACAGGUAGAAGAGAACUUGAUUUAGAUAUUUUAAGACAAGAAAUUGCUGAAGAGAAAGCAUAUAUUGCUUCGAGACCGUUCUAUUUUAGAGUUUGGAAUUUUUGGUGUUAA